AUGAGGUUGUAGCUCGUUGUGUGCUUUACUACGGUUGGAAAGAAGCAUCGGCUGUGUUUUAAAAAUGUCCCGAUUAUGUGUUAUUGAUGCGGGAGGUCCUGAAGCACCCUGUCAAAACAUGGCGUGGGAUGAAUGAUGCCAUCAUCAGGAACGCCCACAUGUCCCUCCGUCAGCCAAUGGGAUCCAUCCUGAGAACACGCGUUCCCUCUUUAUUUCAUAAUAUACCAAUAACGUCUGAUUGAACGUGUAGGGAGCAAGAGGACAGCGUAACAGAGCCACUGGGUGAACUGGAUCGCUUCCUGUCUGUCGUGUGCACUGUAUGAGCUCGAGAUAAUGGCUAUCCGUGUAUUAGAAAUCAUCUUUUUCUUCUAUUUUGCGUCUCACAUUCCUAUCACGUUAUUUAUUGACUUACAAGCCCUGCUGCCUCAACAUGUGUAUCCUCAGCCGGUAAGUGUCAGUACCAGGAGAGGAUGGAAGCAAAGGUACAAUACAACUUCCUACAAGGGUCCAAUCACUUGUUUUGUGGCUGUAAUUGACUUGAAUUUCCCCCAGAUGAGAGAUUUUGUGAAGUGGUAUGCAGAGGAGUUCAAAGACCCUUUGAUGAUGGAUCCUCCAGACUGGUUCAGGUCUUUCAUUUUCUGCGAGGCCUUGUUUCAGCUGCCUUUCUUUCCAGUCGCAGCUUAUGCUUUCCUGAAAGGUGGCUGUAAGUGGAUCAGGACUCCUGCCAUUGUGUAUUCCGCACACGUGGCCACCACGCUAGUCCCGAUCCUAAGUCGCAUCCUCUUCUACCAGUUUCCUAUGGAACCCCACCCAGGUCCGCAGACCCCACAGGAGCGCUGGCUGCUGGUCUCCAUAUAUGUUCCGUACCUGCUGGUGCCUUUGCUGCUGCUGUUCACCAUGCUGCUGUCCCCCACAUACAACUCCACCUCAAACACAUCAGCCAAAGCCAAGAAGAAGAAGAACUGACUCAGACUACAGCUAUCUAAUUAACUCUGAUUUUAGGAGAUACUUUUAUACCUUUCUGUACUUGAAAGCUGCUUCGUACUAUUGUUUCAGGACACUGACAUUGUUAAACCAGCCAGAAUGAGCACUUUUAAUGUUAUUCUUUAAAAGUAAACACUUGUUUGCUGAA